UAAUUUAGAAGAGUUAGAGGAAGAUGUAUUUUUCUCCAAAAUACUUGAGGAAGGAGCUGGCGAUUCGGAGGUCAUUGCUGCGUUUGAAAGUUUCACACACUUAUUGAAGAAAACGUUUUGGGUAACUAAUAAUUUGCAACAUCAUGCUUAUUUUAAGUGCACCGCGAGUUGCUUACAGACUGGCAUGAAUAUUUCAACAUGUAUCUUCACCUGCUCCAAGUAUUUCCCCCAUUCUAAUUUGCUGGCAUUGUGACUAGUCUAGGUACAAGAGGAUGGCGAUUUGUACCCAGAACGUUCUGAGGACGUCCGAACGGCAUAUUUUGGCAUUAUUGAAUCAGAUUCAUCAGAGCCGGCUGAAUGAACUGGAACACUUCCACAAGACAGUUACCCAGGAACUUGCCAAUCUCGAGAAGAGAACUCGGUUUCUUUCUAACCUUGAGAAGGAUACUUUGGAUACAGUCCAUGGAUUCAGAGCUGGCGGGAGCAGCAAAGAAUCUGGAGGACGCAGCCCAAAAUGGAAAGUUUGAGGAAGCAGAAGAUCAUGAGGAGAGAAGCAAGACUUCUGUCAUUGCCUCCGACUGAUUAAAAUUAAUUUAAGCUGACCCAAAGAGCUCUGAUCAGAUGCUGACAUGUCUGAAUCAUUUCUUAAAAUAUGCUGGACAAAUGCCUUCAGUCCAUAACUAUAAGCAAUUGUCUGUUAACAUGUACUCGAUGCUUAAAUAAGUUUUACUCUAUCUCUUUCCCACAAGGGGGUGGUGUUGAGGGGUUUCUGGUGCCAACAAUUUGUGAAAUGCAUAGCGUAGCUGAUAUUUCAGUUGCUAUCAUUCCUUCCCAUCCUUAUCUGUCAUUUAUAUUUUAUAUGC